UUAUGUGGGGUAGCAAAAACAAAACAUUUCGUCCCAACUAAUAACAUGUUUUCUGUGGAAGCCAUAACCACCACUUGAAAGAACCCAUCCUAGUGAAAACAAAACAACCAUAACCAACACAUACCCCAGCUUUCAUUCGCUCACCAUGGAGAGCACCGACUCCUCCACCGGGUCACAACAGCAGCCGCAAUUGCCACCUGGCUUCCGCUUCCACCCCACCGACGAGGAGCUCGUCGUUCACUACCUCAAGAAAAAAGCAGCUUCCGUUCCUCUUCCCGUCGCCAUAAUCGCUGAGGUUGAUCUCUACAAGUUCGAUCCAUGGGAGCUACCCGCUAAGGCCACGUUUGGGGAGCAGGAGUGGUACUUCUUUAGUCCGAGGGACAGGAAGUAUCCGAACGGUGCGAGGCCAAACAGAGCGGCCACUUCUGGGUAUUGGAAGGCCACUGGGACUGAUAAGCCUGUGUUAACCUCUGGGGGAACCCAGAAGGUUGGAGUGAAAAAGGCUUUGGUUUUCUAUGGAGGGAAGCCCCCAAGAGGAAUCAAAACUAAUUGGAUCAUGCAUGAGUAUAGGCUUGCUGAUAACAAGCCUAACAAUAGGCCUCCUGGCUGUGACUUGGGCAACAAGAAAAACUCUCUAAGGCUUGAUGAUUGGGUGCUGUGCCGAAUCUACAAGAAGAGCAACACGCACAGGUCUCCCAUGGAGCAUGACAGGGAAGAUUCAAUGGAAGACAUGAUUGGAGGGAUUCCUCCUUCGAUCAACGUGGGUCACAUGAGUGGGAGGUAUCAUCACCAUCAUCAUCAUCUUUCAAAGAUGUCCACAGGCUACAGCAGUGCAUUGUUGGAAAAUGACCAGAACCUGUUGGAAGGGAUGAUGAUAGGUAACGGAUCAGUGAUGAACACAAGUACGACUGGUACUACACCUGGUGCCAUGGGGGCCUCAAACUCCAAGGCAGAGCUUUCUUUUGUGCCAACCAUGACUCACUCUUCCAACACUUGUAAAAGAACACUCUCGUCGCUGUAUUGGAAUGAUGAGGAUUUGGCUGGCACCUCAUCAUCCAACAAGAGGUUGAAUUUGGAAAGUGGGGACAACAAUCACGGAAGUGUUGUGAGAACUGAUCAAGAUAAUGGCACUGCCACCUCAAUUGUCACUCUGCUUAACCAGCUCCCUCAAACCCCUUCAUUGCACCAGCAAUCUAUGUUGGGAUCCAUAGGCGAUGGUCUUCUUAGGACAACAUAUCAAAUACCAGGAAUGAAUUGGUAUGCUUAGAACAAUAUUUCAGGUUUAUUUAAUUAUUGAUGAACAAGGAGAUGUUGAAUUACUAUAAGAAGGAUAUGAUGUGAUCCUCAGCUGGUUACAGUAUAUACACUCUCUUGAUGAUGCCAAUUAGAUUGUAAAGAUUUUAAUGGGAUAUUGAGAUUUUGGUUGUUAGGAACUUGGAAGCAGUUGUUAGAGUCUGAUCAAUUAGAUGGGCCUCAUCGAAUGAACUUGUUCAACCAUUGGAGGUAGCUGCAGGCAAUAACAACGCUAAAGGUGAGGCCAUGGGAUAUUUUUAGCUAAAAUUAAAUAUAGCUUUAUACGUAUAUAUAGAUAUUUGCUUGUUUUAUUGGUAUGUAAAUAAAAAUGGUGGUGUGCUCUUCAUGUACAAAUAUUCAAAAGAGAAGAAAGAUUUCACUUCAGCAGUUAUAUGUAUACCUUGAUUUAGGAUACAAAUUAAUGAGCUUUGUGUAGAUCAUAUACUUUAGAACACGAUCUAUAUUCAUAUAUGUGAAUUAAAAAAACAAACUAGUGUCUGUCAAUGUAUUCUGUAUUGUUCUAAAGAGCUUGAUGAUAUAUACAUAAAUAUUGAUUUUAUUUCA